UUGAGUUCAUGAGAUUCGCGGGUGAUGAAGUUUAGGUAGCCAAAGAUGCGCUUAGCGGGGGGCGAUCCACUCCACCACAGACCUUUCCUGCGUGGCCUUGGUUUGCCUGGUGGCCAGUGGGCAGGUGCCUGGAACCUUAAUUUUUUGUAUGGGGUUCUAUAAUUUGACCUCUGCCCGCUUGUCGCAAAAAUCUUUUUCUUUCUUUCUCCCCCAUCGACGAAUAAACAACCGCAAGAGGUACGGGCAACUCUCUUCUCUUCAUCUGUUACCAGCCAAGCUGCCGGAGCAGGGACUUACUCUUAUAACAAAAAUAUUCACUGUCGCAGGGCAGAUCCACUCCCCGCUCAGCCAGCAUCCAUCAUCCCAGGACCCAGCGCCAGGUCAAAAAUUUCGCAUCUGCUCUUUUGCUGAUCCGCCAUCAACCAAACCCACUUCACUUCACCUCUUCCACUACCACCACCACGAAGGCCGCUCUCGUCCCCGCGACAUCAACGACCACACACAUAACCAAGACACGCAGCACAGCGUUGUUUAUGUAUCAGCACGACAAGGACUCCGUCUCUCGACACUUCCCCCCAAAGCUGCAUCCGUUUCGCAUAGCGCCGAAACCUUGUAGUCCCAACACUAGUUCCGACGGUUGACUCUCUGCCCAUGUUUGAGCAUCAUCACCAGCAUCACCACAUGUCCAGUCCUCACCCUACGUCUUACUGACACCGUUAACCCCCAACAAACCCGCGCCAGCACUCGAUAUCUGCUUGUCUGUCCUUCGCCAGUACGACCUCUCUCGUCACUAGCCCAUCAGCUCAGUCUUUUCACCGAAAAAAAAAAUCAUCAACAGCGCAAUCAUGGCUGCUCUCGUCAACGUCCGUCGCGAUGUCUCCGACAAUUUCUAUCGCUACAAGAUGGAGCGUAUUCAGACCAAGAUCGAAGGCAAGGGUAACGGCAUCAAGACCGUUGUUGUCAACCUGAGCAGCGUUGCUCAGUCUCUGGCCCGCCCCGGCUCUUACCUCAUCAAGUACUUCGGUUUCGAGCUGGGUGCCCAGACCAACAUUGAUCCCGCCGACGACCGCUGGAUCAUCAACGGUGCUCACGAGGCUAACAAGCUCCAAGAGCUUCUUGAUGGCUUCAUCUCCAAGUUUGUCCUCUGCAAGAAGUGCAAGAAUCCCGAAACGGAUGUCCAUAUCAAGGACGGGCACAUCACGCUCGACUGCAAGGCUUGCGGCCAGCGCACCGAUGUCGAUUUGCGCCUCAAGUUGAGCGGUUUCAUUCUCAAGAAUGUGCCCAAGAAGACCAAGAAGGACAAGGCCGAGCGCAAGGCUGCCCGCAAGGCCAAGCAGAACGGUGGCAAGGACAACGGUUCCGGAGAGGAGAACGGCUCUGACCAGCCCUCCCCCAACGGGGACAUAGACAUUGCUAGUGACGAUGAUGCUUUGACUCGCAAGAUCAAGAAGGAGGCUCAGAACCUUGACAGCAAGCCUGUUGCCGACAAGGAGGUUGAGUGGGCCGUUGACAUGAGCGAGGAAGCUGUCAAGGCUCGCCAGCAGGUCCUCCCUGACGAGUUCAAGGCGAAGCUCGUGCUGAACGGUGAAGACGAGGACGAGGACGGAGAGGGUGGCAACACCGUCUACGACCAGCUGGCCGACUGGAUCCAGGCUGAGGCCAACGCCAAGGGCGGUGUCGACAACGUGGAUGAUGUCGAGAUCUACCUCAAGGCCAAGGAGCUCGGCAUCGAGGCCAAGCAUCGCACCCUCAUUGUGUUGGUCAUGACACUUUUCAACGAGAACAUCUUCUCUCAGAUUCCCAAGCGCCAAGGCAUGCUCAAGACUAUGAUCACUUCUGAGCGCCAUGAGAAGGCUCUCCUCGGUGGCACCGAGAAGCUUUUGGCCGAGCUCGGCAAGGAGCACUAUGACAAAAUUGUCAAGAUCCUUCAACUCUACUACCACUUUGAUCUCGCCUCUGAGGACUUUUUGAAGAAGUGGGGUGCCAAGUCUUCCAAGAGGUAUGUCGAUGGCUCUACCUCCAAGAAGAUCCGCAAGGCUGCCGAGCCUUUUAUGACGUGGCUUGAGGAGGCCGAGUCGGAGGAGGACUCUGACGAGGAGUAAGGGGCUGUGGUGCAGCGUUUUAGCUCUCUUUGAGUGUGCUGUUAUGGGAGAAUAGGUUGAGCGCGGAUCUUUAUGGUGUUGGUUUUUGCCGGGGACGCUUUUUUUGAGGAUGGUCUACAGAAAAGGACUUGCUAGUAUGGCUUUCAGAUUGGCACUUGGAGUAGGUAGUUAUACAUGCCUUUCUUUUAUAUUAUGAUAUGUGUGAAUAGUGAUGUAUGGAUAGUGAUGUGCUGGUACUGUCUUGAUCAACCCUGGUAGCACAUAGCUUACCCC